AUGAUGACCGAGCCGUUGCUACUAGCGACUCGUGAGCUCGUACACGGCUCUGUAGCAUCACUUCCUAUUGACGUUGAGGUUGUAGCUUCUGCUGUAUCUUCUGCGCAUUUUGCAGUGUUAUUUCAGUCGAAAACGAAUCGAAAUUGCGUGCGUUUGAGUGUGUUUAAGACGGGUAAUGAUGGUGACGUCGAGACGCCAGAGAUGCUCGAUUUACUCUCGGAAAUGGAUGAUUCAGUAGCCUACAAGGAUAAAGAAGGCAAGUGGUCUCUUGUAUGGAGCUCUGACUUGCAAUUUCUCGUCAUUAGCGGUCAAAUUUUAUGCUCAGAGGGUAAAUCUGAAGGUGUUCUAUGGAUAUUUACACGCCCUGAAUGGCUGGCUUCUACUGCGGUUUCUGGAGAGUCAGUGGAUUCUUCAUUGCUGUUUUGUAUACAGCCAUCCAAGUACUUGGCUACAAAGCAUUGGAACCCUGCAACAAGCAUCAUAAACGUCUUUUUUCCGACGCAACAUGGGAGCAACGUGUUUGUCUUAUCAGAGGACGGAAUUUGGCUCAAUGUGAGCGUACAACUGGCUAAAUUGACACUGACUGCAAUGAAUCAGUCAACUCUGCGAGAUACAUCGGGGAUAGUUACGAUGAAAGUGGUCAAGAAGCUUACAGAGUGGCAUGCAGGUGUCACGGCAGCGUGUUACGACCCACAGAACUCACUAUUGGUCGUAAGCGGAGGGGUAAGAGAUCCUAGUUUGGACCUGCUGGAGAAGGAGGCAUCGUCGCUAAGUGUUUGGAAAGUGGUGAAUGAUAAAAAUAGUAAAGAACCAGCCGAUCUGCUGGAUUUCACGAUAAUCGUGAAGGGAAAAACGCAACACUUACAUGACGAAACCAAUAAAGACGAGAGAGAGCAAUUUGAUGGUGUUGUAGUGACAAGAGAGGAGCGUGGUGGGCUCUUGACAAGGGUCAAGAGCACGUUUUUUGCCCCAUUAAAGAUGAUGAUAGGUAGUGAAACGACAGAAUCUCAUGUGACGCAAGGAUUUAUCCGCCAUCUGGCAUUGGCACCGAAUGGCAACUUUGUAAGCAUGGUAGAUGACAUCGGAAGGAUUGCCAUCCGUCAAAUUGACGUGUGCGCGGAUGUGUUGCAUUGGCAAGAAGUAGAAGAUGACGCAAUCGCUCAAAUCCACGGUAGUGCUAUAAAGAUGGUUGUGUGGCUGACAGUCGACUUAGUGGCCAUAAUGCUAUCGAACAACAGCGUCAGAUAUUCAAGGUUGGCGACAAACUUGGAAGAUGAGACUGCAUCUAGGCCAAGAUCUAGCGAUAGUGAUGGCGAUAGUACUUCGGGAGCAUCCGGCCGCCUUGUGCUUAUCCCUGCAAGGUACUUUCGACCUUCAAUGGAUGUUUCAACUAGCAGAGUUCAAGCUCUCGCAUUCGGUGUUAGUGGAUCUCCAUCAAGUGAAAAGCAGAGGAUCGCAUUUACUGCAUGCGAGCUUGUCAUUACUGGAGAUACAUGGGCUGCGAACGAGCUUCAAAGUUUGGGAAUGGAGCCAUUCGUUGAGUUGCUGAUGGAUGUGAAGAAUUUUGAGGAUGCCCUAGAGGUGGUUGCUCUUCAAGGAGGAGGUAAUAAUACCUGUAACGUGGACAGCAUUCAUCGCCGCAUAUGGAUGCACUACCGACAGAAAGCUGCUCGAUUAGAUGAAAGGUGUAACGAUGGCUAUGCGUUCACCAAUUUGGAAUUUCAAGAUCUUGUAUUUUUGUCCACGCGACCACUCGGACUACUUCAACGUGGAGAACGCGACGAAUUUUUGAAUGCGUUGGAACAUUUACGAGCAAUAUCGGACAAGCGAUGGGUACUUGAUGAAUGCUUGCAUCUUGUUGCAGACGAUUCGAGCACCCACAUGAGAAUGAUUCUUGAGAUUGGUUGGGAUGCAUUAGUCUGCCUGAACAUUGGCAGUGAGAGUUCCACAAAAUUGUUGCAGGAGAACGAGGAUCUCCAGCGAUAUUUGUAUCGCCUCGAAACACUGCGGAUGAUUUUGUGUGAAGAAGACGGCAUUUCCACAAUGUCGGAUGCAGGUGACCACCUCUUUGAUGGGGCUACAUAUGCUCUGUUCAGAUCGUCACCUGUUGUGACACUUGCGAAACAGUUUGCACGAGAGGGACGCGUUGAUGCAAUUAAGAUUGUACUUCGCCGACACGGAUGGAAUGUACUUCCUAGCUGGCUAGAUAUUCUUGGGCUGCUUCCACCCUCAGUUCCGCCCUCUACGUACGCCGUAUUACUCCCGGCCAUUGCUGCUCACAUAGAAGACGAUGGUGAGAUCUUUACCCUGAGCACGUCAAAUGAUCUUGAUGCUGGAUGUGAUGACAAUAACGACUCGGUAGUUCUAGUUGCACUUCUUGAAGAGAACCGACGUAACGACCUCACUGAUGAGGAGUUAUCGAAGUUUGAAGAAUACACGAGCAUAAAACGCGAAGAUCGCAAUAUAGCAUACGGUGAAUGGCUCACAAGAAGAAUUUUGGAGCUGGACACUCGUUAUGGCCAGCUUGCUUUCGCAUAUGAACUGAGCAGGCUAGCCACCAAGUGUGUAUACGGAUGGUCUAACUCAGAAGCCAAAAAGCCGUUGGAGCAGCUUCUGUUGCACACGGAGCGCUUAUACAAGUGCGUCUAUCUGCUGCACUUGUCAGCCUGUUGUUUGCUUCCACUGAAUAGUUGGUCAACGCUAUCGAUGCGCGAGCAAGCCAUGAUUGUGGUGGGCGCUGACGAAAAGAAACUCGCUGCAGAUGUUACUUCCAUCAUCAGUUGGUUGGAUGUAGUGUUUGUUGCCCAGCGCCGAGAUUGCACGUAUGCGCUGGACGAUCUAUUCUCAUGGCUGGCGCAGACUAUUUUAGCCAAGUCCUCACUGUCGAGUCUGACCCUUGCAGCACAGUUGAUUCAACGCAGUAGCCCCUCGAUUGAGUCAUCUAAACGGUGGAUUCAGAGCGACACGCGGCUUGUCAAGACCGCACUCGAUAGUGUUUACUCAGUGAAAGUAUCUGAAAUCAUUGGCGACAAAUCGUCAAGUGCGGACGACAAUGCUUAUAUGCAGUGUCAUCUUACACUCGUCGAACAACUGUGGACGAUCUUCCAGUCACUACCUGCUCGAAAGGAUAAUGAUCCACCGGAAAUGGCUCAAUUGCACGUGGCUGUGGAUGAAAUGGAGGACUUGCUGAUAACUGUGGACGUGCUAAGCAAGUAUAGAGUGGUUUCCUCACCCAACGAACUUAAGUUCAAGAUGCUGGUAAGCAGCGAUGGUGUAGUGGGUGGUGGCAGCAGUGUUGGGCCGCUUUAUUUGCUUGAACAAAUGUGCUCAUUUGCCUUAUCUGGUCAAUGCUCUGACGAUGAAGAACAUGAGAUCGAAAACCAGUGGCUAGACGUUCUGCAAGAUGCAGUCAAGUUAAAAGAGCAUGCGUUUGGUGAGCGUUUGAGUCAAGAAAUGAUCCUGGACGUUCUUUUAAGGCAUCUACUUGCCCCUGAUUGUGCCUAUGUUGAGGCUGCCCAAGAUCUGGUGAACCAUUGGAUAGCCUCUGACGUAGAAGCUGUUGCACAUGUGCUUGAUGGAUUGUUCGUGGCGAUUCGAGCGAAGCUAGAUUCUCUUACUGGAUAUACAGAUGAUAUUAAAGCGAAUGCUGUUUACCAAGCUGCUAUGAGCUGCAUUGGCAUUGCUCGACAAUUGCUCUCUCUUUCAUUAUGGGACGAAGGAGACCGCGCAGCUUCUAGAGCCAAACAAAAUUACGAGGAAGCUCUGUCAUUGGAGUUGGAUACAGUACACGCAUGUGAGUUACUUGAUUUGCUUACGUAUGGCACAGUUAAAAUGUCACCACCACAGCUCCGGACCAGCGAAGCAAAGGAAGAUAAUAUGAACAUUCGACUGGAUGCCGUUUGCCAAGUAUUCGUGAGUAACCCAAGCAACUAUAAACCGUCCGUGCGCGCCAAGGAAUGGCUAAUACAACACGACUUUGGCAAAGUUGGGCUUUCGAAAGCAGAAACGACGGCAGAAUUAUGGAGUGAACCUCUGGCAGCUGUAAUGCAAUUGACGAGAUUGUUGCGGGUAGAUUCACAGAAGGUAAAAAUUUGGAUGAAGGGCGCGUAUGCGGCCUUGUAUUGCAUGGAUUACGAUGUUGCGUAUGAUUUGGCCAUGCAAGUAAUCGUUGAAUUUCCGGCCGAGACAGAUCUAGUUGCAGAUCACCGUGAUAGUGGCGAUGAAUUGACGCUUCAGCACUUAAUUUCGCUGGUGCUUGAUCUUGUUUCUGCUUCGUCCUUCUGUUUAUGGGGAAAAAAGCGUAAGCUAUGCUGUGCACUGUUGAGUGCAGAAAAUGUCUUAUCCGCAAAUCUUUUUGCGCACCAAGUAACGGAUCUGGUGCUUUCGUGGUUGGAGAAGAUUGAUGCUGUCCAAGCUUUAAUGCUCGAGCUUGGCUUGUCAGACAACGAUUUGGAGCAACGACGACUAGCCGAAGACAAGAUCAAAAGCAAUGAUGAAGAUGUGCUGUUAGAUGAGCUGAAGGUGGUUGUUGACUUGCUGCACGAAGAAAAACAUGAUCGCCAAUUCUUGUUACGAUUGUUGCAUCGUGGGGUACGACUGAUUUUCGCAAUCUCCAACAAUAUUGCUAGUGUCGGAAAUUUCGAUAAGUCCGGACUUUUGAUGACAUUUCUCCAGCAAAUAGUACAACUUUGCGUGGAAGAAGCGGCCGAGCUUGUGGCUACCCCCAUUGCUAGCGAUCCGGGGGACUGGCGACGGUACAUGGAAUUGGGUUUCAGCUAUUUAGUAGUGUUGGGCGACCGAAGCAAUUACGAUAAAAAAUUUGAGACGUUUUGCGUCGAUGAAGUUCUCUCUCGAGUAUUCACCGAUCAAUCAAGACCGAAUUCAGCAGAUGCCCCAUCUAGUGAAAAAUUGCAGACAACUGACGUCGUCGUACGUAGCAUGAAUCAUUUCUUCCUGCUCCAAGCAUCACAAGCAAAGGAAAGCACGGCGGAAGAUGAUGUGGAGGCUUGGCUAAGUCGUAAAGAGCAUUUCGACGGUUUCUCUUCGUCAUACGAGACAGCACGGAAAGUGGUAAAUUGCGCCAAUCUUUUACACAAUAACACUUCAAAUGACGCAGCUCCUACAGCUGAGAAACCGAACAAGUUGCAGCUCCUGAUGCUGGAACGGCGGCAUUUGGUCUUCGUGAAAUUAGCUGAACGAUGCCAAGAAUGGUUGGCCUCACACAAAAAGUCUCAUGAGCUGGAACGAAUGAGCACGUUUUUUAACACUGAAUUGGAUUUAGAGCGUUUCUCGCAAGAUGAAGACUAUCGCAAUAACAAGAUUUUGCUACUUGCAACGAAAAAGGAACACCUUCAGCUUUCAAGACAGUUUGCCAGCAAGUACGGUUUCGAUGAUUAUGAAUGCGUGCUGACGUACAUCAAAAGUGCACUUCUCUUUCCACCAGAUAGGAGUCGGGCUGGUCGCCGUGAGCAGCUGGACCAGGCAUUUGCUAUUCAAGAGAUCGACAUUUUGGAAGAAGCUUUGCAAAGACCGAUAUCUUUUGGAGACUUAUUAUUGAAAAGAUCGACGGCGGAAGCUCCAAGUUUGUACGAAGCAAUUGAUGGAACGGAUCAUGUCGGUGUUUUGCUCAUGUUACGUAUGGUUUUGGAGUGCUCGAAGCGAGCUGGCCAAGAGUCCGCAGAAUCAUUGUCACCCCAUGAGCAAUCUCUUUUUCCUCUGCCUAAAGCCUCGACUGACCGAAUCACGCUUUUAUUCAUGUGCUUGAAGAAGCUAAAAGAGAUUGCGGACUCAUUCGACGAGGUGGAUUCUGUUGACCUAAAACUGAUAGGUGUAGCAUCUACACCAACCAAGCUAUUGACCCCUAUAGCAUCAUCACAUACGGAUAUGACAGCCAAUCGGCAGGUAGCCGUUGAAGCAGCACGGCCACUCUUGACUGGCAAGACCAUUAAAAUUGUAACCAAGAUCUUGCGCAAGCUGCAUCAUGUAACACCAAGUUCCAUGGUCAUGAUAUAUGUCAACAACACACUGUCAAACAUAUGGAGUGAACAUGGGGUAUCUGCCACCAGUGAAGCUAAAGGUGCAGACUUGGCAUCGUACGCAUACGAGACGUGUGCUCCAUAUCUUUCUGUGCUAUCCAAUGAGCACUUGUUGCUAUUCCAUCACUUGUUCUUGGAUGGAUGGAAAAGUGAACCUUUACCCGAGUUAGUGGCGCACAUUAAUAUUGCAGAGGAGUUUUAUGGACAGCAACUGAGUGGUCUGCAGCGCUUUGGUGCACUUUUGACACUUCAAAAGCGCAUGGAGCUUGUUGCAGAUACAUUGAGACUGAUUCAAACGAAGUAUGACUCAUGGCAAUCUACUGGACCACGCUCAAACGAUUCGUCAGCUUCAUCCACAAUUUCUUUGUUGUCCGUAUCCGGGGACUCGACACAUUAUAUGCGGAAAGAGCAGGAACUGCACUAUCUCGAGCGUGAACUGGCAAACAAUUUGUGUUGCUUGUUGCUCAGUGAAAUUGAACAGAGCGAGUUAGCUUUUGACGACAGUGAAACCAAGGACAAGACUAUACAGUCGCUGGAGCCUGCUACAGUGGCGGUAAGGGCUUGGUUUGCGAUGGAUUCUCUUCAGCAAGCAGCUAGUGAAAAGUUUCUUCACAGUACUGUCUUGAUGGAACUUUGCCAGCGCGUAGCUUCCGUGGAUCUGGCUACUCUCAUCAUGGAACUGGUACUGCGUGCCAGUGGAAGCAAGUCUAGUCGUGAUACUGCUGCAAAUACAAUUGCUCACAGCUACAAAACGGCCGUGACCAAUCUGGUUGAACGAUGUGUGGGCCCUGAAGAAGAUGGAGCAAACUAUUCUGUACAUUGGGUAGAGCGUCUUACCUGGAUGUGGGCUACGGGUUCAUCUGCUCCUAGUAGCAACCAGAUAGCUGAACUUGCAGACUAUCUCCGCGUCACAUUGAGGAUCUCACAGAGCGAGAAUUGUAAAGCACAUGCAAUUUAUAAACGUGCUGUAUUGCAGCUCAAGCAGUUACCGUCUAAGCUACUAAAGGAAAUUGGAUCGAGCCGAACUGAAGAGCUGCAGAUCCCUGCGGAAAAUGACGCUUCAGGAAAGAAUUUGGUUGCGCUGGUGCAUGAAGCUGUGCUGGCCCAGUGGGAACAGCUGAUCUCGUUCAAGGAAGAGCAGCGAAAGUGGGCGGAAGCUGCAAUCCUGAGCCACGUGCUGUUAUCUUGCGACGCCAAAAUGGGUAUCAUUGCUGAUUAUGUUACAUGGGACUUUGGCCUUCACGUUAAAGCUGUUUGGUCUACCAUGCUCACGAAGCACAAGAUGGAUGAAAGUACCGAGCAACAGUGUAUUUUCGAAGUCCCAAGCCGCGAAAUCCUUGACCGCUUCACCACCGUAUUUAUGGAGCUGCUAGUCUUCAUUGAAGCAUGCUCUCGUGACAACAACCCCAAUGCUUUGCGUUUUGCAGAAAUAGCAACGGUGGCAUUAAGGAAUUUGCUAAUCCGCUACGACAAUGUGCGUGGCAAUUCAGAAGGGUCUACACACCAAGGCGCUUAUGCAUGGCAUAACGAGCAAAAGUUUGCGGUGCAAAUACGUGCCCAUGCACAGUUUCAAGUGGGCACUACGAUCAAGAGACCAGCAAUGUUACAAAAAGUGAAAGUCGCAACCUGUUGGUCGGCUCUCUUUGCACGGGGCGUCUGGGGUGCUCAACUUUUGAGUUGGUACACGUCGUAUGCUUUCGAAAAGCUUCAUAGCGAGAAAGAAGCUACGGAAGCGGUGAUCUUGGCUCAUUGGAAAACCAGCAACAUCGACACAGCAAUCCAACUGCUUAUGAUGUGUCCGUUUGAUGAUUUGAGAGAGAAGUACAGCGAUCGCCUUUGGCUGGCUGUACGACAACUCCCACAAGGAUCGCGCAGCUGGUCUACAGCUAUGGAGCUUGCACUGUUGCGCUUUGAUGUUGCAGUACUUAUGCAGCACGACCUUCACUUGUCGGUGGUGGCCUUCUUGUUGCAAGAUUCCAACAGAAAUCCUGCGCUUUGGACGUCCAGCGGUGCCUACGUCGUGUGCGCAUUAGUGACGAAUGGCGAGUUUGCAGCUGCUGGUCGUCUAACUUGCGCGUUGCGCCACACAUACCCGCUGCUUUGGGAUAUAGAGAAUGCCCGUCUGCUGCUGGCAAACUUCCUCCAGUCUCUUGUCUCGUCGUCUGUGCAACACAAGAACAAGACAAAUGUUGACCUCUCUCACCUGCAGCAUGAAGUGUACGUCCAGACAUCCAGUCACUUUGCAAACGCAUUUCAAUAG